CUGCUCAACCUGGCCCUCAGCGACCUGGGCUGCAUCUGCACCACUGUGCCCAAAGCCAUGCACAAUUCCCUCUGGGACACCAGGAACAUCUCCUACUCAGGAUGUGCUGCACAGGUCUUUUUCUUUCUCUUCUUCAUGUCAACAGAGUACUCUCUCCUGACCAUCAUGUGCUACGACCGCUACGUGUCCAUCUGCAAACCCCUGCACUACAGGACCCUCCUGGGCAGCAGAGCUUGUGCCUACAUGGCAGCAGCUGCCUGGGCCAGUGCCUUUCUCUAUUCACUGCUGCACACAGCCAAUACAUUUUCCCUGCCCCUGUGCCAUGGCAAUGUGCUGGGCCAGUUCUUCUGUGAAAUCCCACACAUCCUCAAGCUCUCCUGCUGCAAAUUCUACCUCAGGGAAGUUGGGCCUCUUGCUCUUAGUGUCUGUUUGUUAUUUGGUUGUUUUGUGUUCAUGGUUUUCUCCUAUGUGCAGAUCUUCAGGGCCGUGCUGAGGAUCCCCUCUGAGCAGGGACAGCACAAAGCCUUUUCCACCUGCCUCCCUCACCUGGCUGUGGUCUCCCUGUUCCUCAGCACUGCAGCAUUUGCUCACCUGAAGACCCCCUCCAUCUCCUCCCCAUCCCUGGAUCUGUCCCUGUCAGUUCUGUACUCAGUGGUGCCUCCAGCCCUGAACCCCCUCAUCUACAGCCUGAGGAACCAGGAGCUCAAAGAUCGCCUGAGGAAAAUUAUUAUCUCAAGGGUCUCCUUGGCACCAUCCUGCCCAAAUGUCUCAAUGGCUUUUUGGUUCCAUGAGUUUCCACAGUGCCACAAGGGUCUCCUUUUUGCCAUGAGGAUACAAAACUUCCACAUAAACAUUGAGCAACACUUGCUUAACACACCUGGGAACAUCUGUCUGCAUUCAAAAGAGGGGAUAAAGUUGCUGCCUGGUGAAAGAGACCAACCCCCCCACCUGACUACAGCCAACUUUCAGGAUUUGUAG